UGGUUUUUCACCCGCUCUGCCCGCUCUGCAACUCUGAAAGCAAAGCAAAACAUUCUGAUGAUCAACGCUUUUUCAAUGCGUGAUUAUUCGUGAAAACCUGUGAAAACUAAUCAAAUUGAUGCGUUUAUGAUCGAGUCCCAGUGUUUGUUUCAAGUUUGUGAUAAGUUGUGGUCAUUUGUAGAAGAUUUCAUGAUCAUUUUAAUGUUAAGUGAAUAUUUUGUGCCCAAAAAAUGGAUACCGCAGGCCAGAUGUUCCUGCUUAUUGGAGAAGACCGACAUUUGUUACGACAGGGAAUUACUUUGAUCGGUUCUGCCGAAAACGACCGAUACAGCUGCAUUCGACUCUCGGAUGAGUCUGUAUGUCCCAAGCAUGCCGCCGUUCGUUGGUCUUCGACAACACUUGAACUACACGUGAUGGAUCUAUGCUCCCACGGUGGUACACAACUGAUAGAUAAAUCGGAAUGGCGGAGAAAGGACAUAAUCCCGUUGGAAUGGUGCCCAGUAGCAUCAGGCGAUGCGAUCAGUUUUGGAACAUUCAAAGCCCGCUUUGAAAAUGUUACGUCCAAAGUCCGUAGACAGUCGAUGUCAUUUUUCGACGAUUCGGGCGAUAUCGUUGAUUGCAGUUUGGAGGAACCUCCUCAAAUGAGAUCUCGAGUGGUUCAAUCGAACAUAUCUGGCACGCUCAACGCCUCAGACCGCAAACUCAGUCAAGUAGUCUCAAGGGAGAAAAGUUUCAUGAUACCUGCCACGCAGCCCAAUGAUGGCAUCUCCGCAAAUGCCUCCUCCCGACAGCAGGUCAAUGACAGUCAUGUCACCGGUGGGAAAGCAACCGCCGAAGACGACGAUGAUGAUAUGUUUUAUAUCCCCGAAACACAGGAACAAAAUCAGGAUUCAGCCGCAGAUGAGUCGCAGAUUAUAGCACCGAUUGGCAAUACACUCGUUCAGAGUGAUAAAGAGGAUGAUGAUUUCCUCCGUUUCGAAACCUUGGAUGAUGAGAAUACGGGCGACGGGAUGUUUAAUAAUCCGUACGUGGAGCAAUCGCAGAAUUUACUUCACAAUCUGGAUGAAUCGUACAAACGGGAUAUGGCCGGGGAAAACCAGCGCAAAUCCAUUGUUCCGGAUCAUUCCGUUGAUUCUAUUUCGUUCCACGGAAAGGUGCCCAUGGAUACGACAGAUAAUGAAUUGAGCAAAAUCGAGUGGAACGAAACCAAGACAACAGAUCAGGGCCAAGAUCGCGAGGGAUCAGUGACACCAGAAUUGGAAUUCGAUAAACCUGCGACGACUACGGAUGUUCGUAAUCCAAUGCUGGAUACUUUAGUUACGGAAGAACCAAGAGUCGAUUCUGUUACCCCGGAUCUAGAGUUCGAUCGAAUAACACCUCAACAGGAGGAUUUCAGUAGAAAUGCCAACAGACUAUCAUUGGUAAAUGCUGAUGCAGGCGUAGAAAAGCUGCAAGAUGAUCGUGAUCAGUCAGUUACUCCAGACCUAGACUUUGGAGAGCAACCGAAUGAAGAGAUGGAGAUAUCUCUAAAUCAAGAGGGAACCAACGAUCCGUACAAUUUAGCUACACAAUCUUACAUAACUGACGAGGGAACAAAAAGCAGGAUUACAUUGCCUCCGGAUUCAACGUACGACCUUCUGACUCAGAAAAUACCUGACAAAGACUUAAAAGCAGCACGUUCUUUGCGAAAAGUAGCAAUUGGGUUGGUAAAUUUAAAGCAUGACGUCAUGAAAAAUGUUUCAAUCAGGGUCAACAAAAACAUCGAACUGGAUCCGUUUGAUUUGGCCACGCAACCACUUAGUAAAAGCAACGAUCCUGAAGAUGUUUACGAUCUUGCGACGCAGCCCCUUGUAUCAACUGCCAACGACACGAUACCGUUCCAUCUUCCCCACCCACCUGGCAGUGAGUUAAAACGAAAACCUGAGCGUCGAUCAAAACGGUCCCAGGAAAGACUGGAUCCAUUUGGUGUGGCGACCCAACUGCUUCCGUUGCAGGAACCAAAUGACAUGUACGAUCUUCAAACACAGUCACUUCCAGAAAAUGAAGAGAAUGACACUAUUCCGCUGGAAAUUGCUGUUCCUUCCCCUCCGGACGAAGCAUAUAACCUCCAAACUCAACCAUUGCAGGGUCAAUAUUCAGCCUCUAGUCUCGUUGGUGAAGACGAAGAUCCUGAAGUUACUCAAAAUUUUCGACCGAAAGUCAACAGCACUUACCGGCAGUCACUGUUAGUGAAACAAAUCGGGCCAAUACCAGAGGAAGAAACAAAAAGUAGUGCCAAUAUUUCCCCUUCUUCCAACAAGGAAAAUCGGAAGGAAGUAAACUUGGCGCGAGAUGCUGAAAAGUUAUCCGAAAUAAGGCUCAAAUCGCGAAAAAUAGGGCAAAGUAAGACCCAAAUGAAUAAAAGUCAUCCGACUGACGAAGGAUUGGAUGACGAAUACUGUUUAGCAGCAACGCUGCCAAUGACGGACGACAACAGCAAAGAUUCCGUUGCUUCUGCUGCAUCAACUGCUGAUGGUAGGCGAGGCAAACGUCCAAAUCGGAAACAGGAUCCCAAGUCUCUCUUGAAAAAGCUUGAUAACUGCAGUGCUGGAUCCAGCACCAAAAGUUCGUUACCCUCCGGGCUUGAAACCCCAAGAUCAAGUGCCACAGCGAAUGAAACUGAUACAUUUGAUUUUAAUACGCCGGAGCAUCCGUUCCUAGAUGUGGUAAAAAAGGAGAAAAUUCUUGCCAUUUCCGACAUGAUCACGAGCCGCCCGUCGAGAUCUGAGAAAUUGGCCAAACGCAACAAAUACAUAUUUGGCGACAGCUCCGAUGAAGAUGAGGACCCCACGGCGCCUGUCUUCCACAAAGAAGAUAGCAAGAUUCGCGUUAUGAAGUACGAUAGGGAUGAAACAGUGGUUGAUGACACUAAACCCCCGACAGCCACAACAGUGGUUGAACGGAGAUCCCAUAGGACCAAGAAAAAGAACUCCAAAUAUUCGGACGAUGAAAACGACAAAUCUCAAAUCAAGUCCAAGGCUGAUCAAAAAACUAAAGAAGCAACUCUCCCGCCGCCGAAGCCAGAAAAGGUGGACCAAUCCGUCGAUUAUGCACCCCCAGUCAAUAGGAAUACCCGGAAGCGUAAAGCAGUCGAAGAGCAAGCCGUUUCCGUUCCAGAGCCACCUCCACAAGCAACCAAUGCUAAAGUCAGCAAAUCCAAAAAGACUAUCACCAAAACGGAACUGAAACAGAAGGCUGGCCCUUCGCCGUCGUCGAUAGUAGAAGAAAAGCCUACAGCUUCGAAGCGAUCGAAAAGGCCGAUCGAGUCAAAGGCCAUUGCGGUGUCCAGUGGAGACGAACGAUCUGGCCCGUCCAGCUCCGAGUCAUCCGGAGGCAUUCGAAAGUCUUCCCGGAUUGGCAAGCCACGGCUUAUGUUCACCAAGAUGAGUCCGGAGCCGUACAGACAGAUUAUCACCAGGGCUGGUGGCUCAAUCGUUGACCAACCAGAUAUGGCGUCGGUUCUAGUGUCGGACCGUGCCUAUCGAACGUACAAAUUCCUGUGUGCCAUAGCCAAGGGUAUCCCGAUCGUCGGUCAGACGUACCUAGAGGUAAUAAAAACUCACCAAGAGUUCGUCGACCCAUGGGACUACAUCCUGGAGGAUCGCGAAAUGGAAAAGCGCUUCAAAUUUAACCUGAAGAAGACCCUCACCGUGGCCAAGCAAACCAAAAUAUUUCAGGAUUAUUCUGUAAUAGUAACACCCAGUACAAAGCCGCCACCGGAAGAGUUACAGCUAAUUGUCAGCAGCGCCGGAGGCUCCGUGAUCAAAUUCCCAGCUCAGCAACCGAAACACGAGGACAAAUUGUUUGUCAUAACUGAUGCGCAGGACAAGCAAAUGUUUCCCCGAAUUCGCGAGAGGUACCCCACAAUUGAGAUUAUCAGCACCGAAGGCUUUAUGCUGUCUAUUAUGCAGCACUACAAAAACUUCCGUAGCUAUCGGCUGGCGUAAGUUGGCGUUUCUUACCUGUUGAGCUUUAUAUUUUUACAAAACAUGCAUCUCUGUAUACACAUUGUUGAAUUAAAAUCGAACUCAAAGCA